CUGUGUUUACACCAUAUCCAUAUAGCGAUUCCAACGUUACUAAUCAAACUUUGGAAAAAAUCGAAUAUGUUUUUUUGGUGAUAUUUACGGCAGAAUGUGUAAUGAAAAUAAUUGCUUAUGGGUUUAUGUUACAUCCGGGAGCUUAUCUACGAAAUGGAUGGAACUUGCUGGAUUUUUUCAUCGUAGUUAUAGGAAUGAUUAGUACGGCAUUGUCUAAUUUAAUGAAAGAAGGUUUUGAUGUCAAAGCAUUAAGAGCAUUUCGUGUGCUUCGUCCACUGAGAUUAGUAUCAGGAGUACCAAGUUUACAAGUUGUAUUAAAUUCUAUCUUACGUGCCAUGGUUCCAUUGUUUCAUAUUGCUCUUUUGGUGCUAUUUGUAAUAAUAAUUUACGCAAUAAUUGGCUUGGAGUUAUUUUCUGGAAAACUUCACAAAACUUGUCGUGAUGCUGACACAGGCGAAUAUUUAAACGAACGUCCAUGCGGGUCAGGGUUUAAGUGCCCAUCCGCAUUUAGCUGUUAUGACGAAUGGGUGGGGCCUAAUCAUGGAAUAACAAAUUUCGACAAUUUUGGUUUAGCGAUGCUAACUGUAUUUCAGUGUGUUACACUUGAGGGAUGGACUGAUGUAUUAUAUAGUAUUCAAGAUGCUAUGGGUAGCACGUGGCAGUGGAUUUACUUCAUUUCAAUGGUAAUAUUAGGAGCAUUUUUUGUAAUGAAUUUAAUUUUGGGUGUGCUAUCAGGCGAGUUUUCAAAAGAGAGAACUAAAGCCAAAAACAGAGGCGAUUUUCAAAAAUUAAGAGAAAAACAGCAAAUUGAAGAAGAUUUAAGAGGAUAUUUAGAUUGGAUAACACAGGCGGAAGAUAUUGAAAUUGACGGUGAUGCAACUGUUAUACAGGAUCGAAAAAUUAAAACUUCAAUCGAAAUAACAUCAUCGGUACAUAUAGAAAAUAUUGGACAAGAAAUUUCAAUUGGUGAAUCAUGGUGGAAAAAAAAAAAGAAAGUUGCUGAUCGCAUCAAUCGAAGAAUGCGAAGAUCUUGUCGAAAAGCAGUAAAGUCACAGGCUUUUUAUUGGCUAAUUAUAAUUCUAGUUUUUUUAAAUACGGGAGUUUUAGCUACUGAGCAUUAUAUGCAACCUCAUUGGCUAGAUAAAUUUCAAGAAUAUACCAACAUAUUUUUUAUUGCACUCUUUACAUGUGAAAUGAUGUUAAAAAUGUACAGCUUGGGUUUUCAGGGAUAUUUCGUUUCGCUCUUCAAUAGAUUCGAUUGUUUUGUAGUAAUUGGAAGCAUAAUGGAAAUGGUUCUUACCAACACGCAUAUCAUGCCUCCACUAGGAGUAUCUGUUCUGCGCUGCGUUCGAUUAUUACGCGUAUUUAAAGUCACAAAAUAUUGGCGAUCCUUAUCCAAUUUAGUUGCUUCUCUUUUAAACUCAAUACAAUCAAUUGCAUCUUUACUUUUAUUACUUUUUCUCUUUAUUGUAAUAUUCGCUUUGCUAGGCAUGCAAGUAUUUGGUGGAAAGUUUAAUUUUGAGCCCAAAGAAGAAAAACCUCGUUCUAAUUUUGACAGUUUCUGGCAGAGUUUGCUAACUGUUUUUCAGAUACUUACAGGCGAGGAUUGGAACGUAGUAAUGUAUGAUGGAAUACGCGCAUAUGGAGGAGUCUUUUCUUUUGGUGUCCUAGCUUGCAUAUACUUCAUAAUACUUUUUAUAUGCGGAAAUUAUAUAUUAUUAAAUGUGUUUUUGGCUAUAGCUGUAGAUAAUUUAGCAGAUGCAGAUUCCCUUUCAUCUGUUGAAAAAGAAGAUGAACAUGAAGAAGUAAAAGAAAAGUCCCGGAGUCCUACUCUAAGUUUGGAAGAUAUAAAUGCUAUAAACAUUGAAUUAGAAAUGAAUACAUAUGAUCAUGACCUGGAAGAUGAAAAAAUAGAUGAUGAAACCGCAUCCGUUGAAGAAGAAAGGGAUAUCAGCGAAGAGGAACAAACAGAAUACCCUUCUGAAGUAACUCCAAGGUCAGCAUCUGCACGUCCCAGACGGGUGUCCGAAAUUAGCAUUAAAAAGAUGAAAAAACCAAUUCCACACGGCAGCUCAUUAUUCAUAUUUAGCCACACAAACAGGUUUCGAAUAUUUUGCCAUUGGCUAUGCAAUCAUAGCAAUUUCGGGAACAUAAUUUUAUGUUGUAUAAUGUUUUCGUCUGCUAUGUUGGCUGCAGAAGACCCACUUCGAUCGGACGCUGAUAGGAAUAAAGUGCUCAAUAAGUUCGACUACUUUUUCACGGCUGUUUUCACAAUAGAACUGUUAUUAAAAUUGAUUGCAUAUGGCUUCAUCUUUCAUGAUGGGGCCUUUUGCAGAUCAGCAUUUAAUCUUUUGGACUUACUUGUGGUAUGCGUUUCACUUAUAUCAAUUGGUUUCAGUUCGAAUGCGAUCUCAGUCGUGAAAAUACUACGUGUUCUUAGAGUUUUACGACCCCUACGGGCAAUUAAUCGAGCCAAAGGUCUAAAGCAUGUAGUUCAGUGCGUAAUAGUCGCUGUAAAAACUAUUGGAAAUAUUGUAUUAGUGACCUGCCUUUUGCAAUUCAUGUUUGCUGUAAUAGGAGUCCAGUUAUUUAAGGGAAAAUUUUUUCAAUGUACGGAUGGAUCAAAAAUGGGCAAAGACGAUUGCCAUGGAACAUAUUUGGUGUAUGAUGAUGGAGAUGUGCAUAAGCCACGAUUAAAAGAGCGCGAGUGGAAAUUAAAUCGAUUUCAUUUUGAUGAUGUUGCGAAAGCCAUGCUUACAUUGUUCACGGUCUCCACUUUUGAGGGCUGGCCUGGUCUCCUUUAUGUGUCUAUUGAUUCAAACAAGGAAAAUGGAGGCCCUAUACAUAAUUUUCGUCCAAUUGUUGCCGCGUAUUAUAUUAUUUACAUAAUUAUAAUAGCCUUUUUCAUGGUUAAUAUAUUUGUUGGCUUCGUUAUAGUUACAUUUCAAAAUGAAGGCGAACAAGAAUACAAAAACUGUGACUUAGAUAAAAACCAAAGAAACUGUGUAGAAUUUGCAUUGAAAGCAAAACCAGUACGUCGGUAUAUUCCUAAACAUGGAAUUCAGUACAAAGUUUGGUGGUUUGUAACAUCGUCGUCAUUUGAGUAUACGAUAUUUAUAUUAAUAAUGAUAAAUACUGUCACUUUGGCAAUGAAAUUUUACAAACAACCGGAAUGGUACACUGAACUGUUAGAUGCAUUAAACAUGAUUUUUACGGCAGUGUUCGCUCUGGAACUCGUAUUCAAAUUAGCAGCUUUUCGGUUUAAGAACUACUUUGGGGAUGCUUGGAAUGUAUUUGAUUUUAUUAUUGUUCUCGGAAGUUUCAUAGACAUCGUAUAUUCAGAAAUUAAGAAUAAAGAUGUUUCAUCGAUGCUAUCCUGUGACAUUGUGGAAGGCUGCAAACCUAAACCUAAGUUCAAUUAA